CCUGGGGCGCCCUCCCGCCGGGAAUGGCAGUCCUGGGCGAGCGCCACAGGGGCUCCCGGCGCGCUCUCCGUCGGGUUGGGAGUCGGGGUGUUGUUUUUGAAAUUAGACGGGUCUGCGCUGUGACUUACUGGCCGUGUGGCCUUGGGCACGUUCCUGAAAUUCUCUGGAGCUUUUGUUUCAUUGUCAAUAAACUGAAGAUAACAAAACACCGGCUUUGCCAGACUGUCGUGGGAAAUCGUGGCAGCGUGUGUGUGUGAAUUCUCGCUCGCCCUGACUCCGGUUCAGAGUGGCCCUUUAUAUUGUCUUAGGGGACCUGCGUUCUGAAUUUGACCUUGGGAAUUCCUGCCUCCCCACAAGCUGCCCUGGCAACUACCAGGAUCCAGAGACUCAGCCACUGUUGGCUUUGGCGCAAGCCAGAAACAGUCAAGACCAGAGAGCUACGUGAACGGGAGGGCUUGCCAGAGGAAUUUUCCGGGUGCUCAAACGCCAGGACUUGCAGCUCCUGCGGGCAGUCGGCCGGAUUUGAGGACCUGCUCCGCGCUGGGCCAUGGCCGGCCGGGGCCUGUACGUGGCCACCUUGCUGACGGGGCUGCUGGAAUGCCUUGGCUUUGCGGGCGUCGUGUUUGGCUGGGUUUCCCUGGUGUUUGUCUUCAAAGCAGAGCAUUACUUUAAGGAGCUGUGUGAGCCAAAUGCUGGGCUGUUGGGCAAUGCCACAGAGCAGGCUGCCGAGGUCUGCAAAGCUCAGGAUCAGAGAUUCUCACUGAUCUUCACCGUGGCAUCCUUCAUGAACAACUUCAUGACAUUCCCCACCGGCUACAUCUUUGACCGUUUCAAGACCACUGUGGCCCGCCUCAUAGCCAUAUCUCUCUACACCAGCGCCACGCUCAUCAUAGCCUUCACCUCUGCAAGCUCAGCUGUGCUGCUCUACCUGGCUAUGCCACUGCUCAGUGUUGGGGGAAUCCUGUUUCUCAUCACCAACCUGCAGAUUGGGAACCUAUUUGGCAAACAUCGUUCGACUAUCAUCACCCUCUACAAUGGAGCAUUUGACUCUUCCUCGGCAGUCUUUCUUAUUAUUAAGCUGCUUUAUGAACAAGGCAUCAGCCUCAGGGCCUCCUUCAUCUUCAUCUCAGUCUGCAGUACCUGGCAUGUCACACGUACCUUCGUCCUGAUGCCCCGGGGGCACAUCCCCUACCCACUGCCCCCCAACUACAGCUAUGGCCUGUGCUCUGGGAACUGCCCCACAAAGCAGGAGAAAACAGCUGAGCCUGAAAACAGGGAGCUGCAGUCAAAGGAGUUCCUUUCACCAAAGGAAGAGAUCCCAGGACCAGGGCAGCAGCAGAAACCCCGUUCUUUCUGGAGCUAUGUCCUCUCCCGGCGCUUCGCCUGGCACCUGCUGUGGCUGUCUGUGAUACAGCUGUAUCACUACCUCUUCAUCGGCACUCUCAACUCUCUGCUGACCAGCUUGGCCGGCGGGGACAGGGCGAUAGUCAGCACCUACACAAAUGCCUUCGCCAUCACUCAGUUCUUCGGAGUGCUGUGUGCCCCCUGGAAUGGCCUGCUCAUGGACAAGCUUAAGCAGAAGUACCAGAAGGAAGCUAAGAGGACAGGCUCCUCCACCUCGAUGGUGGCCCUGCGCUCAGCAGUGCCCUCGCUGACCCUGACGUCCCUGCUGUGCCUGGGCUUCACCGUCUGCGCCUCGGUGCCCGUCCUCCCGCUCCAGUAUGCCACCUUCAUCCUGCAGGUGGUCAGCCGCUCCUUCCUGUACGGGAGCAAUGCCACCUUCCUCACGCUCGCUUUCCCUUCGGAACACUUUGGAAAGCUCUUUGGGCUGGUGAUGGCCUUGUCGGCCAUUGUGUCCCUGUUCCAGUUUCCCAUCUUCACCCUCAUCAAAGGCCCCCUCCAGAAUGACCCAUUCUAUGUGAACAUGAUGCUAAUACUCGCAACGCUUCUGACAUUCGUCCACCCCUUCCUGGUGUACCUGGAGUGUCGCCUGCCGAAGGGAAGUCCUUCUGCAGUUGCGUAGUUCAGAACCCCUCACUUUUCAGCCCUCGGGGUGCUUUUGCUAAUCAUCCCCCACCUUUGAGGACUCCAUGUCCAGAAAGACUCUGCCUACCCAGGCUACUUACAUUAAGUAGCCAUGAUUUUUUCCUUAAAAACAAAAACCAAAAGCCUUAUUUAACUGCCAGCCAGGACUUCUGAUCAGCAAGAGAAAAAUCUCAGUAGCCAAGUGGAUCGAUGUCACACAGGCCCAAAGCGAUGGCACGGGGAAGCCGGAGGUCUCCCUGCAAGUGGCCUUGGCAGACCUUGGCCCCUGGAGGGGUGGUAGGAGGAGGAGGGGUGCCACCUACUUCCGUAGGCUUGUUUGGCCCUGGACUCUCUGCCGCCAGGUGAAUUCCCAGGUGGACAGUGAGGUUGUCAUGGCCUCAGCUAUACCACCUGGCAUUUAGAGGUGGUACCAGCCACAGCCCUGGCUCCCCUUCAGUAGCACAGCCUUGGGGAGAGAACUGCAGCGAGCUUUGGGGGCAAGAGGAGAAGAUGGGGGGGAGGUGCAUCCUGGGCCUGGUCCCAGCUCUGCCACAGAUGCUCGGUGACCUUGGCCCGGCCCUUUCGUGAUCUGAGCAUCAUUUUCUCAUCUGUGAAAUGAGUGUUUUGGAGUUGAAGGUUCUUUCUGGAGCUGAUGUCCUAGAAGGCGUUAAGAACAGUGACAGGGUCAGGCCACCCCAAGGGCCUUGGGAACCAGCCUAGGUGCUUGACUGAUGGAUUUUUCUUUUCUU